AUGCAGACACCGCAGCCCCCACCCUUCCCGCCGGAUGCGGCGUACGCAGACUUGCCGCUGCUGUUCCCUCCCCUUGAGCUGCACCCUGGCUUUGCUGCAGCAGCUGGGGAGCCUCUCCUGCGGUCAACAAGACAAGCUGCUGCUGCUGCUGCUGCUGGUGGUGGUGGUGCUGCUGCUGCUGCUGUCCCUACUGGCCCUGAGGCGGCUGCUGCUGCUGCCGCUUCGGGACUCAGGCACCAGCUGCUGCAGCGCAUGCAGCAGCUGUCGGCUCUCCAGCAACUCAUGGCUGUAGAGCAGCAGCUCACUCUCUACCAGCGGCCGGGGGAGCAGCCUGUUGGUUCUUCUCUCUCUAGGGGUCAGCAGAACGCUGCAGCAGCAGCAGCAGCAGCAGCUGCUGCUGCUGCUGGCGCUGCAACAACUGCAGCACCGGCACCAGCAGCAACUGCACCGCCGGCACCAGCUGCUGAUGCAGCAGCAGCAACUGCAGCACCAGCAUUGGCAGCAACUGCAGCAGCACCAGCUGCUGAUGCUGCGAACACUGCACGCUCAACAGCUGCAGCAGCUCCCAGGGCAGCUCCAGGUGCUGCUACGGGCCCAACUGAAGCUGCUGCAGCAGGAAGAGAAGCAUCCGAGCCAGCAGCAGCAGCAGCAACACCAGCAGCAGCAGCAACACCAGCAGCAGCAGCAGCAGCAGCAGUUGAGCCAGCUGCUGACUCUAGUUCUUCCUUGUCUGGGUACCCUCACAUGCUGAAGGGGCCCCCUCCAGCAGCAGCUCCGAAUGAGGCGUCAAUAGCGGCAAUGAGGCAGGCAGCAACGCAUGCAGCAGCAGCAAGCAGCAGCAGCGGCGGGCGCGAUCUCGUCGCAGUAGGACGCUUGGCUGCGCUGCAGACGCAACUGCAGCAGCAGCAGCAGCAGCAGCAGCAGCAGGACCCUGCUGCUAUUGCAGGGGAGCCAAGGACUGCUGCAGCUGCGGAUGCUGCUGCUGCUGCUGCUCCUGCAGCAUCCGCUGGAGCGGCGUCAGCCCCAGGAUCCCGCCCAGGAACAGCAGCAGCAGCAGCAGCAACAGGAGCAGCAGCAGGUGUUCGUGCGCAGCAGCAGCAGGACCCUCAGAACCAGCCGAACCAGCAGCAGCAGCAACAGCAGCAGCAGCAGCAGCAGGCUGCACCUUGGCGUCUGCGUUUCAUGGUGAUGUAUCUGAAGCUGCUGGUGCUGCUGUUUCUGUUUGACGCCAGCAAAUGGGUUUAUUUCUCCUGUCUCCUCGUCGCCCUGCUGCAUGCAAACGGGGCCUUCAACCCCCUCAUGGAGCUCAUCAGCAGCACCAGCCACAGACAGCCAUUCGAAGCCGUGAGCUACCCACUAACCUUACCUUAG